UCCCAGAAUUCAUCGCGGUAAAGAUGGCGGCGGUUCCAGAACGGAGUUUUAUAGAGAUCUGUGGAUUUGAGAGGGAAACCCUUCCGAAAUUCCGAGACAUUACAGUUAAUUUGGGGCUGACUGCUUUACCCGGAGGGGUGAAAUACCCAGACAGCGCCGGAGGAUUCCACUAUGAAGAAAGCGGGAAAUUGCUGUCCGUCACAAGCAACAGAUUUAUACACUGGUCGACCAGUGGGGACACAGUGCAGCUGGUGGAGCAGUCCCUCGACACCAACCUGCUGAACAGCGCCGUCCGGCUGAAGUUCCUGCACUGCCCCGUUCUGCCCGGAGGCGUGCACAUCCAGGAGACGCUCAACAAUGUCAUCAUCCUCAUCGUCACCAACCAGACGGUGCACAGCCUGCUGCUGCCCCAUCCCACCAGCAUGUACCGCAGCGAGCUGGUGGUGGAGGUGCAGAUGCAGUCCAUCUUCUCGGACAUUGGCAAGCUGAACCUGCGAGACCCCGCCCACAGCCACGUCCUCCCCGUCCUCCCCAGCCAGCUGACCAGCCACGGGGCGUCCACCGCCUGGAUCAGCAGCGAUGGAGACGCCCACAUCGCCCUGGCAUCCAUCACCGGGGGAAUUCUGGUGGUUCAACUGCCCCCGUACGACGUGCCAGGGUGUGUGUCUGUUACGGAACUACGACAGAGCUCUGUGAUGCAGCGCCUUGCAGGCUGGAUGCCCACUGCUAUCAGGGGGGACCAGAGCCCGUCAGAUCUACCCGUUAGCCUGGCCGUGACGCAGCUGGAGGGGGAUACUUUCAUCUUCGCCCUGUGCCAGGACCAUAAACUGCGCAUGUGGUCUUACAAGGACCAGCUGUGCCUCAUGGUGGCCGACAUGCUGGAGUACAUGCCAGUGAGCCGGGAAGUGCGACUGGUGGCGGGACAGAGCCACAGGUUGCGCCUCUCCUUCUCCUCCUCCACCGGCCUGUGCCUGGGGGUCUACCUCAGCGUCCCCAAACGCGGCCAGUUCUGCGUCCUCCAGCUCGUCUGCACCGAACGCAACCGCUACAGCCUAGACCACAUCUCCACACUGUUCAGCACGCAGGAGACUCUGGUGGACUUUGCCCUGACCUCCACUGAUGUUUGGGGCCUCUGGCUUGAUCAUGACAACCAGACUGUGGUCAAGUACAUCAACUUUGAACAUAAUCUGGGUGGCCAGUGGAACCAGGUGUUUGUUCAACCCCCUCCUGAGGAAGAGGUCAACAUUGGACUGGAUCAGGACCCGAGGGAGACAUAUUUGGACAUCAUCUUCUCUCCAGUGCGAUUCACUGCCGCUGCCAUUAUGAAGGCCCUGCAGAUCUACCGACGAGGCGCUGAGCGAAUCUUCGACCUCUCCUGGGAAUCUCUAAAGAAGGAGGUGACCGUCGCCGUCGAAAAUGAACUCCAGAGCAGUGUGACGGAGUACGAGUUCUCUCAGGAGGAGUACCGGCAGUUGCAGGUGGAGUUCUGGUCCAAGUUCUACGCCUGCUGCCUGCAGUACCAGGAGGCGCUGUCCACCCCCCUCGCUCUGCACGUCAACCCCACCACCGCCAUGGUCUGCCUGCUCAAGAAGGGUUUUGUGUCCUUCCUUUUGCCUUGUUUCGCUGUGGACCAUCUUUACCUGUCCUCUGAUGAAUACUUGUCUUCUGAGGAUGAGACGCCGGUCACCGAAGACGCGGAGGUGGGGCGGGACGUGCUGCAGCUGGUGGAGUGCCUGCGGCUGGUGAACAAGUCCAUGCUGGGGGACAUGGCCUACGUGAUGGACAAAGCCCUGGAGCACAUGCACUCCCCCGAGAGGGCCGCCGAGCAGGUGCUGGACAGCCUGCUGGCCAAUGACGGCGAUAGCGUCAUCGAGGACGUCCAGAACAAGCUGCAGGACGUGCGGAACCCGAUCGGGGCCAUGGGCGUCCUGCUGAGGGAGAUGGACCUGGAGACAGAGGGCGAGUUGGAGGGGGACUCCCCCCUCGCCGCAGGCCAGCCCCUCAGUGUGCGGUUGAGCCUGUCCCAGCUCUACGGCAGCAGUGUCGCUGUAGCGGUGGUGUGUCAGGCGGUGUGUCAGGUGGCCAUGACCCGAGAACUUCUCUGCAGGGACCUCCUCAUCCUGCAGCAGCUCUAUAUGAGAGUGGGAGACAAUGUGUUCCUUGGAGGCGGGGGGCAGCUUCUGCAGCUCCAGCAGGACCUGAUCCCUCGCACCUCCCACCUGCUCUGCUCCUACUACCUGCUGAAGUGGGCCAGCCAGCGGCUGUCCAGCACCGUGCCCGUGGACACGCUAGAUGCCAACCUGCAACACCUCUCUGUGCUGGAGCUGUCCGACUCACCUGCCCUCACACCCAGUAAAUCAGUGCUCAGCCCUCAGACGGUGGUGGAGCUGUUCUACCAGAACGUGGGGCGGAAGGCCAUCAUCGCCCAGAUCCACUCUCAGCAGAGCUCCCUGCUGAGCGACAGCGCCCUGCACUGGCCCCAGAUGGUGUCCUCCAUGCUCGUCCUGCUCUCCCAGCACCUCUGGCCAAGCAACCCCGGUUUCCUCUUUCCUGAGGUCCUGAUGGGAAACUGCCAGUACACACAGUUACAGGAGUACGUACGGCUGGUCGCCCCGUGGUGCCAGGUCAAUGUGGGAUCUUGCCGCUUCCUUUUGGGGCAGUGCUACCUGGCAACCGGUGAGGGUCACAAGGCCCUGCAGUGUUUCCAGGAGGCAGCCACCGAGGUGGAGAAGGAGGAGUUUCUGCUGCGGCUGGUGGGGACGGAGGACGAGGAGGUGGGGACUGUCCCACGUCUGCAGUAUUACAACAAGGUGCUGAGGCUUUUGGAAGAUGUGGGCUUGCCUGAGCUGGUUAUACAGCUUGCUACUGUGGCAAUUUCAGAAGCCACCAAUGAUAUCCGGAGUCAGGCUGCCCUCAGGACUCGCAUUUUCAAACACCACCUGGACCUGGGCCACAACAGCCAGGCGUACGAGGCCCUGACCCAGAAUCCUGACCCCAGCAGGCAGUUGGACUGCCUGAGGCAGCUGGUGGUGGUUUUGUGUGACCGCGCCCAGCUACAGGACCUGGUGCAGUUCCCCUACGUCAACCUGCAUGAUGAGGUGGUCAGCAUCAUCGAAUCCCGGGCGCGAGCAGUGGACCUCAUGUCUCAUAACUACUACGAGCUGCUGUACGCGUUCCACGUCAACCGACACAACUACAGGAAAGCGGGCACGGUGAUGUUUGAGUUCGGCAUGCGUCUGGGCCGUGAGGUCCGCACCAGUCACGGCCUGCAGAAGCAGGUCAACUGCUACCUGGCUGCCAUGAACUGCCUACGCCUCAUUCGGCCGGACUACGCCUGGAUCGUCCAGCCUGUGUCCGGCGGAGUGGUAGGCAUCGCGUCACAUCUGGGGAGUGAAUGCCGCGAUAUCGCAGUCCAGCUCGUAUGCAGGGGACGGUUGCCGCGUUAUCACAGUCCAGCUCGUCCAUAUGAACGCCCGGGCACCUCACCAAAGAGGAACUAUGAUGGGGAGUCCGCUGCAGGUCCAGUGAGCCGUCAGAUAGAGAUCUUGGAACUGAAGGACCUGGAAAAGGAGUAUAUCCUCGCCCGCAACCGGCUCACCCUGGCCGAACACGACCCCUCUACUGCGGGUAACACAGGCAGUGCCCCUGCUGUGGAGAUGGUGACUCUCCUGAUCCAGGCUGGGCUGUUUGACGCGGCCCUGGCCCUCUGCAAGACCUUCAGGCUCACACUCACUCCUGUCUUCGAGGGACUGACUUUCAAGUGCAUUCAGUUACAAUAUGGGGGAGAGGCCAGUCAGAAUGAAGCCUGGAAUUGGUUGGCAGCCAAUCAGCUUUCGACUGUCAUCACUACCAAAGAGUCCAGCGCAACGGAUGAGGCGUGGCACCUGCUGGCCUCCUACUUGGAGAAACACCCUUCCCAGAAUGCUCAGCACCACCGCAGCGUAAUCAACGUGCUGUUGUCACAUGGGGUGCCCUUGCCCGAUUGGCUGGUCAACAGCUACAAGCUGGUGGACGCUGCCGCGCUGCUCCGCCUCUAUCUGAACUACGACCUGCUGGAGCCGGCCGUGGACCUGGUGCUGGAGUACGUGGAGGCCCUGCUGGGAAAGGGGCACCAGUACUUUGGAAUAGAGAGGCCCCUCUCAGCUACAGCACCACUGGUAUGGCUGCCCUACACCUCCAUAGACCAGCUGCUGCAAGCGCUAAACGAAAACCAGUCCGAUGAUAACAACGCCAACCUGAACAGCAAGCUACAGGACAAGCUGCAGGAGUACCACAGACUGGUGGAGCAAGCUUCGCACCGUCGGCUAACAGCCCACUAGCCUCGGACUAGGCUUCCGAAAGCCCCACGGAAGAUCACAGCACUGCACUAUCGGAGCACUGCCUUUGUACACACUGCUCGCAUCCUUCCCGUUAAUCGUUUCUAUAAAAACAGUUUAACAAAGCAGAAGGUUUAUUUUUCUAUUGUAAAAUUAAAUGGAAUGUUUAUUUAUGAACGAAAAGGACCGGUUUCCUCAGCAUGUUGUACUGUAACAACUUUACUGCCGUCUCGGAAAUUUUGUUUGUCGUCGCUGUCAGGGAGAUGACCGAAAUAUGUAACGGUGUCUUAAUGAGGAGAAAAUGUCUGUUGAAAAUGUACAGUAUGUAUCUGUGUGUCUGUGUGUUUGAAAUAUGUAUUUACAAACCUUGGUUUCCUUCUAAGUGAGAAUGAUUCAAACAUUUUCUUCUGCGCUUUAUGAAAGUAAAUGUGUAUUUUUUAUAGAAGUGCAUUUGUAAUACGCAUACCAUAUUUUGUUCUUUUGUACUCUUGCCUUUUCAGAUUUCUUGUAAAGUCUCUGUGCUCUUAGUAAUUUUGCUUGUAUUACAAUAAAUAGAUUACCUUUCA